AUGGCAAGCUUCCUGAAGAAUAGCAGCCUUGAUACAGAGUACUACAUGAACAAUAAGGUGACGAAAGCAACGUGCAAGGGUACGUGGGUGAUUGAGAACUUCAGUGUUCAAUUCGAAGAAUGCAUUGAAAGUGCAAAGUUUCAGGUUGGUGAUAGCGAGUGGUGCUUUAAAAUAUAUUAUACGUACGAUGUUCCUGCGGGAAAUUAUUAUGCUAGCACCGAGCUAUUGCGUCUUGGAAAUGAUCCCAUUGAAGCCAAGUGCGACUUUCGGUUCUUAAACGAUGAAGCAAGGAGAAGUAUCAAAAUUAGUCGCAAUUCAUCAUCCUCUUCAUACAUCAUGGGGUAUGGCACUAGGGUAGCCGAUGCAUUCAAGCGGUAUCUAUCUGGUGAUGUCCUGACGCUAUGUUUCGAAUUAACCACAUACAAGAUGUAUCGGACCACCUUAUGCUCUUCUAUUGAGCAUGAAGGGCCGACGAUACAAGACGACCUUCGUCAACUGAAGAUAUCUAAUGAGUCCUCUGACGUUGUUCUCGUUGCUCAUGGCGGGAAGAAGAUUCACGCGCACAAGCUAGUCCUAGCAAUGCGGUCAUCCGUCUUUCGUGCCAUGUUCGCCAACGAUAUGAAAGAAAAGCGCGAGAGUGAAGUGACUCUGGAAGAUACAGAUGCCGCACUCGUAGAAGAGAUGUUGACAUUCAUGUACACCGACUCAGCGCCGAAUAUUAAGAGCAUGGCAACAGACCUUAUCCUGAUGGCGGACAAGUACGACCUGGGAAGACUCAGGCUGUUGUGCGAACGAGAACUUUCUUCGAAUUUCAGCGUGGAUACCGUCGUCGAUGUGCUCCGUUUGGCUGACAAGUUGAACCUAACGUAUUUGCGAAAUGCUGCUGUGAUGUACAUCAAUUUGCACAGUAGCUACGUAAGGAAGACCAAUGGCUGGAAAGCGAUGGUUCAGGAGGAACCACGGCUCUUGGAACGUAUCUUCUGUUAA